AUGACGGCAGCUGCGAUCCUCCACGCGCAAUCACCUGUACUGCCAGCCGCAAACAAACAUGCGCUCAAUGCAGAACACGCAAAGUCCGUUGCGACGGCAGCCUCGAUGGCUGUGCCCACUGCGCGAGACUGGGGUACGACUGCUCCUUCCGAGCAUCCACGAGUCCCGCGCAGACGCCUGCACCUCUCCUUCAGCACAAGCGACCGCGCGUCUCUCACGCCUGCGAAAGCUGUAGUCGCGCCAAGAAUCCUCUCGGACAAAUGCUGGCAACAUGAACCACAUGCACCCGGCUUCAUUGCCAUUUUCACCAGGAUCUCAGGCUUCAUUUCUCACGAACAAGCCGCCGUGGCGUUGCGCAGGUUCUUUGAAUCACUCCAUUGCCUUCCGGGCCUCGCAUUCCUCCACAAGCCCUCGCUAAUGAGUCGCUUUUCCAAGCGUAAGCUAGAGCCGCCCUUGCUUGCGGCCAUUGUAGCCCUGAGCUCGAGGCUUCCUGGCGCGUCGAUUGGGGAGAAAGAGACUGGCUUCCAGUGUGCCGACAUGGCCGAGGGUCUCGUUCUUCGCAGUCCUGGCCAGCCGACGUUUGUCGACACACAGGCUUUGCUGCUUUUGCUCAAGUUUAGGCACUGGACGGGGGCUUCUAACAUGGUCUUCCUGAGCAUGGCGCAAUUGACGAGGAUUGCGUUUGCCCUGCGGCUCAAUUAUGAAAAGUCAAAAUUAUCCUUCUUUGUCCAGGAAUCCCGACGAAGGCUCAUGUGGGGCAUAUACAUGCUCGAUGUGAUUCUUGCCGACGGCCAGGAAGAGUUUACCACAUGCCCGAUCACCACGAUACAUCUUCGACUGCCGAGCAUGGAAGACAACUUUGAGCUCGAUGUCGAAAAUGCUUCCGAGCAGAUCGAGACACAGGAUCGACUUCCAACCAGUCUCGGCAUCAUCGCCUACUACCUUCGUGUCACACAUCUGUAUGAUGGGAUAAUUCGAUAUCUCAAAAAAGCAUCCAGUCCAAAGAUGGCUACAGAUGCGCAGUGGUCUGAGUUGCAGAGGCUAGAGAAAGAACUCAAUGCUUUCAUGGCACACCUUCCUCCGAACGAACGCUACUCGCAGAAGAAUCUCGAGCUACGUGCCUACUCGCCUCGGCUUUCGCGAUACGUCAUGACACAUGUCUGGUGGCACCAUUGCUACAGCAUCCUCUUCCGAGAAUUGGCGCUCAACCCACGAGAUCACGGCACCAUCAGGAUUCGAGAGCUCAUUGGUGAAAUGGGCAUUGAAGGCUGCCGAACAAAGUGCCUGGCUCAUGCGCAGAGCAUAGCCGACAUAUUUUCAUCACUGCAUGAUCUGGGCGGUGACGCAUGUAUCCUGGACAUGGAGAUGGCACAUUGCGCUUUAAGCAGCGCGGAGAUUCUAAUGCAGAGCGCCAGCUCCACCGUGUCGCAAGUGGCCAUCUCGAGGGACGAGACAUUGCACAAAGUGUCAACGUGCCUUCGACUCGCCGAAGGCCUGUGGCCAAUGUUCCCAGCGAUCUCUGAGAUGGUUGCCGAGUUGACCUCGGCUGUCGAGGCCUUUUCUUUAGGUCAAAGCACAUCGCCUGAACUUGUGCCUAUGAGCUGCACAGCCAUGCGGCCACACGCCACCAAGCACAGCGCACUCUACCGAACAAACUUCCAAGAUGACAGUUACAAUCUCGAAAUGGCCGACCCCUCGAGCGAAGCAGAUGGGCAGACAGCAGACCGAAACCACCUCGACAACGCCCAGUGCUCGUCCGGCUCGGGCCCCGAGGGUCAGGCGGCUGCCAGCCACAUGGCAACUCAGACAGCUGGGAUCAAUGCGUCCAUGACACACGCCCCGUACGCAACCGAUGCCCAGGGCAACUCUCCAUGGGCUGGAUCUGGGUCCGAAAUUUGGGACCAGAUGUCUCUGUUCCAGGGUGGGUUCAAUGGCCUGGAACUAAGCACUGAUGGGUCUGCCCUAUUGGAUAUCAUGCCGUCUGGCGAGGGUUUACACUCCGCUUACAACAGCUGGGGACGAGAGCACAUGGGCUGA